AGGAGAGAGAGAGAGAGAGGAGGAGGAGGAGAGGGGGGGCUCUGGCACUGCGGAGCGGAACAGACCAUGGGGGUCGCGGCCGGGAGCGUGUGAGUUGGCGCAUGAGAGGCCGAGCCGAAGAGCCGGGGGGGAGAGAACUUGUUCCGUGAGAGAGGGGGGCGAUAGGACCGGCCCUGGGAUGGCGCCUGAUGUGAGGCAGCGGAAGCGGCAGAGGGACGGAGAAGGGGAGCCGGGGAAGGAAGGGAGCGGGGCUGCCGGAGCCAGCACACAGCCCGCACAGAUCACCCUCUUCCUCUGGGUGCUGCUGGGGGCCGGGCUGCUGCUAAGCCUGGGGGCUGCAGGAUGGCAGUAUUACCUGGACCGUGAGCGUGCGAAACAGCAAAAAGAUGCUCUGAAAUCUCUUGGCAGCGAAGGAUUGUUCCUAUUUUCCUCGUUUGACACCAACAAUGACCUGCACCUCAGUCCAGAAGAGUUCAAGCCACUAGCUGAAAAACUAACAGGUAUUCCCUCAGCACCUGAUUUUGAGAGCAGUGAGGAGGCCGAUCCUAAUUCAGAAACACUGACGAUUGAAGCAAAAUUCCAGCCUCUACUGCUGGAAACUAUGACCAAGAGUAAAGACGGGUUUCUUGGAGUCUCCCAUGGUGCUUUGUCAGGAUUGAGAAACUGGAAGUCUGCAGAAAUACCUUCCAGUGUGUUUAGUAGCAGCCUGUUUAAAGCAUUUCUCCCUCCUAAGCAUAAAGUAGAGCUGGGAGAUACAUGGUGGAUGAUUCCCAGUGAGCUGACCAUCUUUACAGGGUACCUCUCCAAUAAUAGAUUUUACCCUCCAACACCACAAGGAAGAGAGGUCAUUAUCCAUAAACUUCUAAGUAUGCUUCACCCACGGCCAUUUGUGAAGACAAGAUUUGCACCCCAGGGUGCAGUGGCCUGUAUCCGAGCAUCCAGUGACUUCUAUUAUGACAUUGUGUUCAGGAUCCACGGAGAAUUUCAGUUGAACGAACCACCAGAUUAUCCUUUUUGGUUCACUCCAGGGCAGUUUACUGGACACAUUGUUCUUUCUAAAGAUGCAUCACAUAUUCGAGAUUUCUGGAUGUACGUUCCCAAUGACAGGUCUUUGAAUGUGGACAUGGAGUGGCUGUACGGAGCAGGCGAAAAUGGCAACAUGGAAGUGGACAUAGGCUACUUGCCGCAGAUGGAGCUCAGGGCCUUGGGCCCAUCUAUUCCGAGUAUUAUCGUCGACGAGAAUGGUAAUGUGAUCGACAGCGCAGAUGGUUCGGGGGAGCCCAUUCAAUUUAUUUUCGAGGAGAUUGUCUGGAGGUCAGAAAUCAGCUUCGAAGAGGCUGCAAACAAGCUGGAGACAACUAUGUAUCCAUUUAAGAAGGUGUCGUAUCUUCCUUUUACUGAAGUCUUUGACCGCGCGAGGACGGAAGAUAAACUUGUGCAUUCCAUAUUACUUUGGGGUGCACUUGAUGAUCAGUCUUGCUGAGGAUCGGGGCGGACUCUGCGAGAAACUGUUCUCGAGAGUUCGCCCGUCCUCUCACUGCUGAAUGAGAGUUUCGUCAGCAGCUGGUCCCUGGUCAAAGAACUGGAGGAUCUUCAGAGAAACCAAGAAGAUGAAGGCAAUGCCCAGUUAGCCAGCCUGCAUUUAGAACACUACAACUUUCCCGUUGAGAUGAUGAUAGCUUUACCAAAUGGCACAGUGAUUCACCACAUCAAUGCCAACUACUUCCUGGAUAUCACUUCAAUGAAGCCCGAGGAGGUGGACAGAGGUCUGUUCACUAGUUCAUCACAUUUCGAGGAUCCCUCAGCUGCAGCUUAUGUCACGUUUUUGAAGGAAGGGCUAGAAAUGGCCAAACGGUUUAUACCGUCCUAACUAGCGAGAAUCCAGCUGAAUGAAACUGCUCCUUCACUGCAGGUUUCAGCCAUUAUGUUGCAUCGUUUUAGAACGGUUUCACUGCACUUUGCACAGAGAAUGCAACUGCCUGUGUUUUCCAAAGCUUCACUGAGGAUGACAACUUGUUGAAACUUUCUCCGAGGAACUGCUUUUAUCUGCACUGCAUCUGUGAUGCGAGUGGAGUUGUGGGUAUAUGUUAAAAUAUUCCUCCGCUGCCCCACAUCCUCUUGGGUAUGAUGGUGCAUUAAUAGUUGAAAAGGAACAGUUUCAUUAAAUAUUGUUUGGAGGAGCUGACCGGUAGUUCUGAACCAUGGCUGGUGUUUCUCAAGCUGUAAUGUUUUUAGUCUGAUUUGGGGAUGUGUCAGUCUUAGCAAAGUUAGGCUUUUCCUCUCUUCCUCUUUUUUUUAUUCAUUGAUGGGAUGUGGGCAUUGCUGGCUAGGCCCAUCCCUAAUUGCCCUUGAGAAGGGCAGCAGAGUUGUCCAAUCCACUUACCACCUGUGGUGAAUCAGCCACAGACAUGUGGUGAAUUGAUGUUCGUCAGCAGAUGAGAGAUUAUUGGGUUCUCUGAAAAGAGCCACACUUAGCCCCAUUCCCUUGGACUUUUACAAUUUUCUUUUUGAGCUAUUUGUCCACUUCCUUAAUUCUUAAAAAGUCUCAGCAAUUCAGUUUCUUAUCAGGCAAUCCCUGAAUGAACAAAAACAAAAAUAGCUGGAAA